AACAACGACGGAGAGGACAAGGACGACCGGACAACUUUGCACCAUCAAGGCGACGGGCAUCGGCGAUCUUGGAGCGCACCACCGUUGCGCGACGACAGCAGGCAUCGCUCGUCCAGGUGCCGCGUAGGUCCCUCUCUCGCCUCGCGACGACGACGACGACGACAACGACGACGAGGUGGGGCAUCGUGCUCGUCGUUGGUAAUCGUAUUGUGCACGGUGCACACGGUCACGCGCCACCGCGUACGUCGGCAGCAGCGCCACCGGGAUGGAGAGGCGAGCCGCUUUUGUGCUGCUGGGGAUGCUAUAUUUAGCGGUGGGCACCCUCGUCACGGUCCAGGCAGUGAAGUAUGUGGGGCCAACGAUCGUGCGCGAGGGACAACCUUGGAGUAUCGAGUGCAUCGAUUUGAAGGAGAAUGACAACGUUAAGUGGACCAGAAACGGUCAGACGCCGGAGGAGUUAUCCAGCGGUCAAUUGGUUGUCUCACCGUACAGCCCCGGUAAAAGCACCCUUUCGGCGAUCCGUGCGACUGAGAACCAUGAGGGAGAUUACAAAUGCACGGACAAUCCGGACAGUACGGAGUCUCUCCAUCUCUCGAUAUCUUUCGAUAUUAAGAUUAGAGUACUUACGGCCAAAGAUGUACCUUUGAUACUUGAAUGCGCAAACAAAAGCACCGGUGAUAAAGUGCAAUGGUUGAAGGAGAAGACAUCGUUGAGCACAGCGUUGGCUGGCCAUGAAGCUGCAGUCAAAAUUGAUAACGACACUGGUAGCCUGCAGAUUUUACAGGAGAAAGAAGAGGUUUAUGGAAAUUACACUUGUAAAGCGGCUAAUUCCACGAUAGAGUACAGAGUCGUACCGAGGCCAGUGGCGCAUCUACCAAGUGAAUCUAGCAGUGUGGUGGAGGGCGAGAAGCUGCACUUGGUAUGCGGUGGUAAACAUAGCCCCGGCGUAAAGAUUCAUUGGACCUUUGGGGAUCAGAAUUAUACGCGCAGCAAGGAUCGCGUAAAGAUCGCUAAGGAUACGGAGAGGGGUACUUAUGGCGCCGUCCUGAUUGUUGAAAACAUCAAGAUGCAAGAUCGCGGUCACAUUAUCUGCAGAAUGUCGUAUAACUGGUCUGAUCCCGUAUUGGAACAUUCAUCGGAGGCAAAGACAUUCCUCAGGGUGAAGGACAAGCUCGCCGCACUCUGGCCCUUCCUAGGCAUUUGUGCAGAGGUUGUUGUUCUAUGCGCUAUCAUUCUAGUUUACGAAAAGAAGCGGAACAAAGCUGAACUCGAGGAGUCCGAUACCGAUCAAAGCCCUGAUACUAAACCGACACCCAACAAGGAGUCCGACGUCAGACAGAGGAAAUGAAACAGCAAGGAACUAGAGCGAUGCGAUAGAAGCGGGAAAACGGGUUGUUAUGUGUAGAGUGCUAUAAUGGAAACCUGUAAAGACAACAGAAUACGGCUUUUGAAUGAAAGAAACGUGUCGUCACAAACGUGGAAUAAACACUGCAAAAUGGACAGCAGCGGGCUUGAGUGGGCCAUUUAUAGUGCGCACCUGUGUAAAAACAGGCUUGUGCAGCAGACGCGUACGGAGCAGGAUCACACAAGUUACUAACAAGUUAAAUUAAGCCUUAUUACGGUGUUCACUCCGUUUAUCAAAUGUUCGCCUGUUCAUAUUCUUUAACUACACCGCUUUGACCGAUGGGAAGAGAGAUGUGUUGAAUUAUGUAUAAGUGCCGAUGAUGACACGAGUGCGUGCCAGGGAAUGUAGGGUAUGUGCGUAUGUGUAGUAUGUAUAUGCUUGUGCGUGUUUGGUGAAAGAGAGUAAAAGAGAGAAUGAAAAAUAAUGCAUGUAUGAGUGGCAAGCUAACAAGUAAUCAGACCGAUAGAUUGAAAAAGAAGCAGAGAUAAAAUGGCGUGCCUGCCGAGCGCGAAUACGCGCGCAAUUACGUAUAAUUUCUUACAAAGCGCUUCGAAAUGUGUUCUGACGAGCAUCGUAGCUUGGUUACGCGUUUACUCGUCAUACACAUCGUCCUAUUGUCUUGCGCGGCGUUCGUAUUCGCGUUCGUUGAACAUGCUACAUUAUUAGAUUUGCGUAGAACUCGUUUCUCAAACUUCGCACGUGUGACCGAAGAAACAAAAAAAAAAAAACUUUAUGGUAGAGCCGAACAUAUGUGCUCGAUGCUAGUUAUGUAAUAAUAGGAACGCGGGCAGUGCGUGCUACAAUUGACUUCCGGAUAUAUGCUCGCAUACUUUUAGAGAUUGCAAGAGAGAAAGAAAAUGAGAGAAAGAGAUUGAGAGAAAGAAAAUGAGAGAGGGAGAGAGAGUUUAUCUUUGGCGUCGCCUUAUAUUCCAUCGCUCGUGAAGAUAUCCCGGAAGUCUGGCUGCACGCGAUGCCGUUGUUAAUGACAUUAAUGUAAUUAAUAAUGUAAUAUUAUUGCCAUCGUUACUACUGCUGCUACAUCUAUCGUUAUUAUGAUUAUUACAAGUAUUAUAUCGUUAAUUUUAUCA